ACCAGACCACUAUAUAAAAAAUGCUAAUCCUUAAAUUUUAGUUUAUUUUCUUUGUCACGAGUAAAUUAGAAGGCCACAAUAGAUCGCCAAGCAUAUUCUUGAAACUGGUCAAGCAUAUUCUUUCGUUAUUUCUUUUUUUUCUUUCUUUCUCUCUCCCUUUCAUUUACUUUGAAGAAAUUUACUCAUUCGCGGGACGCAAGGUUCCUAAGCUGGUGGAGGAAGAAAGGUGUCUCUGAAAAUUAUAAAAGAGCGAUCGUACAAGCAGAGGGGAACAGUGGCCAUCGAGCACGUAGACUGGCUUCUUUCUAGGAUCUUAAGGAUCAUUGUACAUCGAAUACAAAACAACGAAGACAGAAAAUAAAAUGGACAGUGGUGCGAUAGAAUGGGUAACCGAAGAGGACAAGUACGAGUGCAAACUUUCCGAAGAAACUCAAAAAAUUGCAAAGGAUGAACUCAGGGAGGAUAAGAAUACGCGUGAUCAAGCACUGGAGCAAAUGCGUAGUUGGAUAAAAUUAAAUUCGCGUAUUAAAAAUUGCCGACUCGAUGCACGAUUUUUAUUGAGAUUUUUACGAUGUAAGAAGUUUAAUGUACCGAUGGCUCAAGAAACAACCGAACGAUAUCUUCUUUUACGUCAAGUUUAUCAUCCUGCAUUUACUCAUUUGGAUGUAAUGGAACCAACUAUGGAGGAAUUACUUUCAUUGGGAUAUCUAUUCGCUGCACCAGGUCGCGAUCAUAAAGGUCGUCGUGUUAUUAUUGCUAGACCAGGUGUUUUUGAUCCACAUAAAUAUACCAACGCAGAUAUGUGUAAGAUACACGCUAUUACCUACGAAGCUUUGAUGGAAGACGAGGAGAGUCAAAUUCGCGGAUUUGUUCAUUUCGCUGAUGGUGCUGGAGUCAGUUUUCCUCAUCUUACUUUAUUUACACCCAAAGAAGCUGUUCGUAUUGUUAAAAAUGGAGAACGUACAGUUCCUAUGAGACACAAAGAAGUUCACGCUAUCAAUGCCCACCCAUCUUUAAAGUUCGCUCUUGAUUUUGGAAUGUCCUUGAUCUCCGAGAAAAUAAAAAGUCGUGUUAAGAUUUACACCAGCCUGGAGGAUGCAUUAAAUAACAAGAUGGAUGCUAGUAUGUUACCUAAAGAGUAUGGUGGUACCAUGCCUAUGAAAGAAAUGAUUGAUCUCUGGCGACAAGAAUUAUUAGAAUUAAGACCGACAUUGUUAAGUCACGAUAAAAUGAAGGUAUGCCUUGAACAAUAUUCUGAAAAAGCUCGAGAGGGUGCCGUAUCUGCUUUGAAACAAGGAUUUGGUUGUUCAAGCGUUGGUUCCAGUGAUAGCAUGAUGUGUGGCAUUAGUGGUUCCUUCAGGAAACUCGAAGUCGAUUGAAAUUCUUUAAAUAGCUCUUUUUUUAUUAAUAAAUGAGAUAGGUUGAUUUUUUAUUUGGGGCUUAUGGAUGUUGACUAACGGUCAGAAAUAAUAAUUCGAGCCACUUCUAGAUAUAAUAUUUCGAUUGCCAAACAUUUUUCAUAGGAACGGUAUGUGUCUAUGAAAUGGCGAUUCAAAAAACUUACACACAAUUAGGCUAUUAUAUAAAAUACGCACUAUAGGCGAAUUAAAAAAAUAUAAAGGUUUUUCUAUUUCUAUUAGCUACAA